AUGGAAUGCGGGACCGUCUGGUGUGAUGCUAGCAGUAUAGCGAUAGGGGUUGUGUUGGCAAUCGAAGGUGCUGCGGUGGAGGACGCGGCCUGGCUUCGGAAAGCAGAUGACUUCAACCAUAUCAAUGUCGCCGAAUUAGACUCGGUGCUGAAAGGGGUGAACUUGGCCCUGAAAUGGGGGCUGCGCACAAUUGAAAUCCGGACGGAUUCGGUCACUGUGCUUGGCUGGGUAGGAUCGGUGAUCACCGGUGAAAGGAGAGUGCGGACGAAAGGUGCCGCGGAGAUGUUAGUGAAACGCCGUCUAGGAGUUCUAGGUGAAUUGAUCGCCGAGUUCGGACUGAAGCUGAAUGUGGUUUUCGUGCCUUCGGAGAAAAACAGGGCGGACGCACUGACCAGGGUGAAAAGAGCGUGGUUGGAAGAACCGGAGGAGGCCCGGAAAGGGAUAGCUGCGGCGUGUCUGUUGGAUGACUCUGAACUGAAGAGACUGCAUGCUAUGCAUCACCUGGGUGUGGACAGGACCCUGUAUCUGGCGAAGAAAAUUGAUGCUGACGUCACUAGGAGAAGCACCCGGAAGGUGGUUGGGAGCUGCGACAGGUGUCAGUCCAUCGACCCUGCUCCGUGUGGGCGUGAACAGGGAAGCCUUUCGGUAGAGCAGGACUGGAAAAGGCUAGCUGUGGAUGUGACACACUACCGCCAGGGAAUGUACUUCUCCAUGGUCGACUGCGGGCCAGGCCGGCUGGCCAUUUGGAGGGAGUUGAGAACGGACAUUGCUGACGAGAUCGCGCAGAUCCUGAACGGGAUAUUUUUAGAGAGAGGUCCCGUGGAAGAACUACUGAUGGACAACGGGGCGGCGUUUCGUUCGGAAGCAUUGAGGGUUAUGCUUGAUCGGUGGAAGGUGCGUCGCUUGUUCAGAGCAGCGUAUAGGCCGAGCAGUAACGGGAUCGUCAUCGGACAGUCAAGACCAUAG